GAUCUUCAUUAUAUCCAGGUGCCGUACAAAAAGGAUCCUGAUGGUGGGUCUCACAGAAACAACUGGGAGUAUCGUGACGUACCGAUAUAUUGGCCGCACGAAGUUCUCAAGUUCAUAUUUGAUGAGGUUGGUGUAGCUGUCCCACUGACUGAGCUACGGAAAUAUUGGGAGAAUGCUCGGGAGCAUGGUCUACCUUGGGCAAAAGAUUCGGCAGAUGACGCGCAGCCUCGAAUCCCAAUCAAGCUUUUUGGGGAUGACGCUACCUACAACCAGCAGGGCGACAAAUUCUUGGGCUUCAUUAUAAGCUGUCCACUGUGGCGACCUAACUCAGGGCGCAACUCUAGGUGGCCUGUGGCUGUGAUUUCCUUGUACAAUAGCCUGGGCUACCCAACACUGCACCCCGUCCUACGGAACCUGGUCUGGUCUUUGAAUGUUGCGUUUGACGUGCCACUACCGCGUACAGGGCAUGUCUUUCAGGUCACCGAGCUGGGUGGCGACUGGAAGAACACCACAGACUUCAUUAGCAGUGUGGUGGAUGAAAACUGGUCUGACUUGCAGGUGGCUGAGAUGUACAAGACUGGCAAGGGCUUUCUGCGUUCGCAU